AUGGAGACGAUAGUGUCUCUGGUUCGUGAGAUAAGAAUCCGUGACGACAACAACAAUUAUGUGAUGGACACGGGUGGGAGACAGAUGAUGAUGCAGGAAAAACCGCUUUCGCUGACGAAAUGGCAAGAAGCGAUCGCAUGGGCGAAACUCGUCGAAAUCGUGAUUCUCGAUCGACCGAUUAUCGACAAAUCGGCGGCUCCCAACUACUCGCAAUCCGCUUUGAAAUCUCUUUCACUUUUAGUCUUCUGGCCGAAUUGGAAAGUGAGAAGACAGGCGUCGUCGAGUCUUCUGAAUAUUCUGUCGAAUGAGAAGGCGUUGUUCGCCGAGGCACUCGCCGAUUUGAUCUUUUUGGAUACGACGAAUGGAACGAUUGAUCAGUUGUUGAGACGUGUUCCCGGUUGUCCGAGUGGCGAUGGAUGGCAAGUGCCUGGUGAAUGGUACGUGUCGACACUGAAACAUCUUCUGACACCCAAAGAACCGGAAUUGGACAAAUUGGCGAUUCACACUCUCCUUUUGGCUUCAAUUCAGAGAUUAGUGGAGGUCGACGGAUCAGUUUGGUUGAGAUGGGUUCACGAACACAGAGAGUCGAAAACGUGGCAAGCGAGUGAAGUAUUCAGAGAGAACGCCAUUCAGAGAGUUUUGCAGUGCAAGAAUCGAGGUGUUAGAAACACGGCUCUCAUCACACUCGUCGCACUUCACGACGAACGUCUUCGUGCCGAUUUGUGGAAACACGUGGAAUCGAGUAUUCGCGAGUUGGAAGUGAAGGAUUACGGUAGAAUUACGGAGAACGAGAUGGCGAUUUACAAGUGUCCCGAAGGACAAUUGUAUAACACGAGAGUACUCGAUUUCGAUGAAGCCGCCGGUAUCAAAGGACAAAAAGGAACGAGUAUCGAGGAUCAGUUGGCUGAAAUUCAGUUGAUCCGAGAACUCGCUGAAAAACGACGAAAGGAAGGAAAACUGUCGACGAAACAGAAACAAGUGAUGGAUAAGGAAUUGGCGGCAGAGAAGGAGACGAGAGACGCACUGAAAUCUCUAUUUGAGACGGCCGAAGCGAAAUUGGAUGAGGCGAGAGCGAUGGUCAUCGCUGAUUCCGCCGGAGCUUUUGCUCGAUCGGAAUUGCUGUUCGACUACUGUAUGCCAAUGACUCGUUCACUUCUCGUUUCCGAACAAGCCGCCCGUCUCUUCUUGGCGUAUCGUGAUGCGUGUUUCGAGCAUACGGAUGAUUACUUGGAUGAUUUCGGAUCAUGUCCUGUUGGAAAAUUAGCUGAAAAUCUGAUUUUACUGGCAUUUGGUGCAAUGUUGAUCUGA